CGGAGCGGAGAGGGUCACGCGAAUACAAUGUUACAGAUGUGAGCUGGGGAAGGAGUAUCUACAAUGUUUUUAAAGGGCCAGUGACGUUGGAUAUAAUUGCCAAUGCCUGGAUAGUUGGAUUAUGAUGAAGUGAAGGAAGCAAAGUUUACAUUAAAUCUCUCAGACAGCAGCACUGGUGGCCAUGGCCCAAUCGAAAUCCAAUGGAUCCCAUUAUGCACUCACUGCCAUCGGAGUGGGAAUGCUUGUCCUGGGAGUGAUCAUGGCAGUGUGGAACUUGGUCCCCGGAUCCUCCCCAGGAAAUGGCAGUAAGCCAGAAGUCCCUACAGAGACAAACUUAAAAAGCAAGUCUUUUACAGUGGCCUAUGUUCUCGUUGCGUCAGGCAUUGCAUUUCUAUUAAUUGCCAUCUGUCUGAGUAUCCGAAGUAAAAGAAAAAGGAGGCAAAAUAUGGACGACGCCAGAGUCCCUCAAGAGGAACCUAAUGGAGUCCAAGCCAACAGUGAAAGUUCAGAACUGGAGGUUGCCAGGUAUUCUGCGCCCAGCUAUGACGAGGUGAUGAGGAUUGGAUAUGAAACGUCAAACACAAGGGCACCAGAGGAGCAUGAUGGAACCCCCAUGUCUCUCCCUUCUUACGAGUCUUUAACAGAACUCGAUGAAUCGACACCAACCAGGCCAAUAGCUGAGCCACCACAAAAGACAAACUCCCGUUCAAAGAAAGAAAAGAAGCCUCUGAAUGUCAGGAGAAUUAAAUCGGACAAGCUGCACCUAAAAGAAUUCAGAUUAAACCUAUCAGGUCAGACGAACCAGACCACCACCACCACCAUUGAACCUUUGACUCCACCACCACAAUAUGAGGAUAAGACUUUAGAUCUGACCAAGCCUGUAUAGAGAGAACAUGGCUGUUCCUAUUUCUGACUCUACUGAGCUCAAUUAUUGACCUAGGUCUGUCCUUGUCUGUGAGUCCCAGACGCAGUGGAAUGUUACUGGGACACAGUGAGGGGUAUACGGAAGCCAAGGCCGCAGCCCUCCAGCAUCUACAAUGGCUUGGGCUGUAGGUGGAAUCAAAGGAUUUUGUAGCACACAGGUUGGACAUCGAUGAUCAAUGUUAUUCUUUCUGGUUAAUAUUUCUGUCACUAUUACAGCUGCCUGUACAAUGGAACUUCUUUAUUCUUCCUCUCCAUAAGGUUGUUGUUCUGGGGCGUCCCCCACAUUUCGCAGCUUCCUCCCAACAUUGUUACUCGGGGCUCCUCUUCUGCACUGCAAUUAGAAUCAGUCUCUCGAGCUCCGGAGCAUGGUGUAGAACUAACUGGAUCCAAACACAA